AUAAAGUUAAAAAGUUAGAGAAGAGAGAGCUAAAGAAAUGGGGAGAGGGAAGAUAGAGAUAAAAAAGAUAGAGAACCUUAACAACAGACAGGUGACCUUUUCUAAGAGAAGGGCAGGGCUGCUUAAGAAGGCUAAGGAGCUCUCCAUUCUCUGUGAUGCUCAGGUUGCUGUCAUUGUUAUCUCCACCACUGGCAGGCUCUAUGAAUAUUCCAGUUCCAGCAUGGAACAUGUAUUGGCAAAGUACAAACAAACACCACACCCUUCAGAGAUUGCUCCAGUUGAUAAUGAAUCAAAGGCGUUCAAGAGUGAUUUGCAGCCGGAAGUAAGCGCUUUAAGAUCUGAACUGGCAAAGAUGCAUCAGCUCCACCGCCGAAUGAUGGGAAAAGAUCUUGCUGGAUUGAGCUUCAAAGAGUUGCAGCAUUUAGAGCAUCAAUUAGCUGAAGGGAUAUUAUCCGUCAAGGAUAUGAAGCUAAUGUUAUUUCAGGAGCAAGUACUAUUCCAGCAACUUGAAAAUUCAAGAUUACAGGAAGAAAAGAUUAAGCUGGAAAACCAAAAGCUUAGUGAACAGAUUGAAGAGCUCCGGCGCAACUCCAGGCAUUAUCAGGAAAACCAUCCCUCUGAAAAUACCUGCUGGGCAAGUGUAAGAGCAAUUUGUGAUUGCAGAUUAAAAAGAGAAGGAUAUAUAAACAAUUGUGCUUAGGCCUGUGAGAAGAGAAAUCUAAUGCUUUGAGAGUAAGGAGCUGAAACAAGGAGUCAUACUUGAUUUGUUAAGAUAUAUUUAUGUUUCCGCUUGGUUAUAUCUCAGUUGUAUUGGAAUAUCAAUGCUCCUAAGUCGAGAUGAACAACACUUGCAGAAGAAAGCAUGGAACUGCGUAAAAUUUAUUUGAGUAUAUAGUUUAUCAAGAUUGAUUUCAAGUUCAUCCGACAAAUUGGCAAAUUACAGUAUUCUAAUAUUUUCCAUAUUCCCGAAAUAAUCUUUACCAAUGUUACAUAUCUUUUUUAUCUUUAUUUUCUUUCUUUUCUUUUUGGUGAUAUCAUGUAUCGAUUUAUGUUAGCCGACCCCAAUAUUGUUUGGGACUAAGGCUUGGAUGUUGUUGUUGUUGUGUAUGAAAUCAGAAUUACAGGGUUAAAUAAGAUAUUUGUUCACGG